AAUAAGCUGGUUGUUGAUUGUUAUUCACAUCCUUCAUUUGCCAUCCUUGAUCCAAGGAGACUUUCCCUUUCUCCACUCGCUCCUUUACUCCUUUUCGAAUAUACACAUAUAUAUAUUCCUAGCUUUUAAUAUCCGUCCCUAGGAUCUAUCCAAGUCUUUCCCUAGGUGUGAAAUACCAAAAUUACAAUGUCUUGGCCAUUAUCAUUUUUAAUCGGACUUUUGGCUGGAGAGGUAAUCAGUGCUUCCUAUGCACCCACUUCUGUGACGUGCCCUUCAGGACAAGCAUUGGUGAGGGCUGCAAAUGGCCUUUCGGAUAAUGAGGAAUCCUAUAGAGUAGGGAGGAAAGCUGUUGCGGAUGUAUCCUUGAAAGCGGUAAGAAGCCUCAUUCUCGUUUUGAUCUAAUAGAGUUUCUACCCGGUUCUCCCUGCGGAUAAUUGAUCAACAGGAUAUAAUGGAUCACUAUCUCAUCCUCUAUGCUUGGACAUUGGACUUUGACUGAUUUGAUUUAUAGUGGUUGGAGAAAACAAACCCCGGAUUUGGUACUGAUAAUUUGCCAACGGUAUGAUUACUACCUCGAUCAUAUUUCUCCAGAUAACUAAUAUCACACAGAUCGCGCUUACGCACAGCGGUGGAGGUUACCGAUCUCUCCUAUGUGUAAGUAAUUCCUAUCAAUUCUUAGCCUCUUCAAUUGCGGUGUCUCGUGUGCAGCAAUCAAAUAUCCUCGAUAGCUCCCUUUUCAACCUGUCUAACACUAAUAACUUUAAUAGAGUGCCGGUGUAGUUCAAGGUCUUGAUGGGCGGGAUAGUAAUGUCUCUACCAGUGGUCUCUACCAAGCUAUUACUUACCAAUCUGGUCUUUCUGGUGGAUCAUGGUUCGUUUCAUCUCUCGCGGCAAGCAACUAUGCAACAGUCUCGUAUUUGCGAGAUAAUCUCUGGGAAUCGGCAUUCCAAAAUUCACUCUUCGCUCCUGAUGGAUUAGAAUUCGUGGUAGCUUACGCCAAAAUCGUUGGAGACCUCGAAGAAAAAGAAAAGGCUGGCUUUCAUACCACUUUAACUGAUCCAUGGGGAAGACUUUUAGCCUACCAAUUGAUUGAAAAUGAUGGCGAGUCGACGACUUUCUCUUCAGUCGCUACAUUUUCCAAUUUUGCCGCACAUGCAGUCCCAUUCCCAAUCGUCACCAGUUUGGGAGUAAGGACAUUUGACGGUCAAUGUUUACCCGCAACCAAUGCUACAACGUAUGAGUUCUCUCCGUAUGAGUUUGGUUCUUGGGAUGCCGAUGUAUCUGCUUUCACACCAACUGAAUACCUCGGCACUACUUUGGAAAACGGUGUGCCAACCGGAACAUGUACUAAGAACUACGAUAAUCUGGGCUAUAUUCUAGGAACCUCAAGCAGCCUUUUCAAUGAGGUGUGUCUUAGUGUUCCAACACCCGUCAAUGGCUCUUCGGACGCGUCACAAGAUAUUGCUGCAUUCCUUGACGGGGUACAUGAGGUGACCACUAAAGAUCUUUAUGCUACCUAUAAGAACCCAUUUUACGGUUACGCCUCAUCCACCGGCAAGAUCAACUCCGUGGAUGAUAUCCCAGCACAAGAAAACUUGAGCUUGGUCGACGGUGGAGAAGCCAAGCAAAACAACCCCAUCUUCCCAUUCCUCCAACCUGCUCGCAACAUAUCCGCCAUCAUAGUAAAUGAUAACAGCGCAGACACCUCAUCCGACUGGCCCAGUGGAAUCGAAAUCUAUACCACAUACCAACAAGCUCUUGCACACGGCCUUACACGCAUGCCCGUCAUUCCUCCCUCCGACACUUUCAUCGCCCAAGGUUACAACGCGCGAGCUACAUUUUUCGGCUGUGGUGAUGCAACUAAAAUCACUAUUAUUUAUCUUCCCAACGCGGAAUUCUCCUACGCAAGUAAUGUCCCCACUGCUCAAUUAAUCUAUCCCAAAUCUACAACCGCGGGUGUUAUUGCAAAUGGGGUGGAGGUUGCUAGUCAGGGUAAUGAUGAGGAUUGGCCUACUUGCUUGGGUUGUGCGUUUAUGGAGAAGACGGGUCAGGUGUUGCCGAGUGAGUGUACGGCUUGUUUUACUAAGUAUUGUUAUACUAGUUGAGAGGUUGGAUGUUGGGUGUUGGGGUGUUGGAUGGGGUGAUGGAGUGAUGUAAGUUCUUUUGGAUGAGGGGAGUUUAUUUUUGUGUAUAUAUUUUAUGAUCUAUGAAUGUGCUUGGAGUGCCAAAAGAGAAGAGGAAGGGGAAAACGGGGAAACCAAAAUUGAUACCUUUAUAAUGUUAUUUAAGACUUUGUGAUUAGUCAAUUGAUUGAGGAGUAAGAAUAAAAAAAGGGAU